CAUGCCCCAAAGAGCCAGGUCUUUCAAGGCUCUGAUUUUUCCUUUGUAUGAGGAGAGCGCUGGGCAGCUGCAACCGGAGGCUCUUUCCCAGGCCAGUAUUCUAGACCAUAGGAAUCACGUCCUUCAGAUACUCAUGGCGGAAGAAGGGGCUGUCCUCAAGAUGACCAGGGACCUGAAGGCUGCUGUCUCCGCCAUCCUCCAGGGCUACGGGGCUGGGCGGCAGCCGGUGACAGACGCCAGUGCUGAGCUACACAGACUCUGCGGCUGCCUGGAGCUUCUGCUGCAGUUUGACCAGAAAGAGCAGAAGAGCUUCCUGAGGCCUCGGAAAGACUACUGGGACUUCCUCUGUGCAGCCCUGUGGCAGCAGCGGGGGGACACGGAGCCAGUCCGCUUCGUCCACUCACAGGACAAGUUGAAGACUCCACUGGGGAAGGGCCGGGCCUUCAUCCGCUUCUGCCUUGCCCACGGACAACUGGCCGAGUCCCUGCAGCUCUGCCUCCUGAACCCAGAGCUUACCAGGGAGUGGUAUGGCCCCCGGAGCCCUCUGGUGUGCCCUGAACUCCGGGAAGACAUCCUGGACUCCCUCUAUGCUCUCAACGGGAUGACCUUCGACUUGGACCUGCAGCGGCCAGACUUGGAUGGGGCCUGGCCCAUGUUCUCAGAGUCCCACUGCUCCAAUUCCAGCCGGACCCGGGGAAGAAGACCCAGAAAGACCAAAGAUUCCCUGAAGGAGAUAUCAGCCACAUAUGGGAACUUCACAGAAGUCCACCUAGAGGAGCCACACACAAGCCAAGCCAGCUGUCUGCGAGAUGCACCCAGGGAAGAUGGGUUGGCUGGACUUCCCAGGUCCCAGCAACACAGGCAUCAUCCCCACUUUUUGGAAAAGAAGAAGGAAGAUCCCAGGAGCCUUGGGUCCCCCCCGAGCAUGUGGGAACUAGAGGGGGAGGAGUUUAAGCAAGACCAGGAGAAAGGAGCUCCAAGGACAGGGAUCUGCCUGGAGGACUCAACACCCACCAUCCAGGGACAGGGGGAGGGGGCCAGAGAUACCCUGAAGGAGGUGAUAGGGUCAGAGGCUGAGGGCAAGGGAGCUUUGCUGGGUGUGGAGGGCCAGAGGACAGCAGAGGGGACUCAUGAAGGCGAAGCAGAGGGGAGUCAUAUCCAUAGACUGCUGGCCUCCAGCCCCAAAGGGACAACAGGGGCUGUAGUGUCAUGCGGCAAGCAGGAUGGGAAGGUGCCUAGUAUCCCAGGGCAGCUCUGGGUCCUUCGGGGCCCGGGAACCAAGGAAGACUCCACCGCAGAGAAGCCUCAAGAGCAGACAGGAGUGACCAGUGUGACCAGGAGGGAGGAACAAGCAGAGAUGGCCUUGCAGGAUGUCAUCAAGAGCCUCAGACAUGGGCUGCAGAAAACCCAGGAGCAAGCCCAGCACCAGGAGCAGCUGCUGAAGGAGCAGGAAGGGGAGCUGAAGGCACUGCAGGAGCAGCUCAGCAGGUGUCAGGAGGAGAGGGCCCGGCUACAGGCGGAGCUGGAGCAGAAGCAACGGGAGGCUGAGAGGAAGGACGCCGUGUACGAGAAGGAGCUUGGCGGGCAGCGGGACCUGGUCCGAGCCAUGAAGAGUCGGGUGCUGGAGCUGAUUCAGGAGAAGGAUAUCCUGUGGCAGAAAGUCCAGCAUCUCUCUUCUGUGGCCCCUGGAUGCUGUGUCGUCUGCAGCAAGAUCUUUGGCCGGUUGUCUCGGCGGUACCCAUGCAGGCUCUGCGGAGGCCUGGUUUGCCAUGCCUGCUCUGUGGACUACAAGAAGAGAGAGCGCCACUGCCCACCCUGCUCCCAGAGGAGAGACGCCCAGGUUCUCUGAUCGAGACCCAUCCGGGACUGGCUGCUCCAUCCCACCUGACUCCUCCCCUUGGCCCUUGCCAGCCCUCUGGUCUGACCAGUCCUGCCGUCUAAGGCAGACAGUGCUUGAGUGGACAGACCGUGGUGUGGAAGGUGGAAGGAGCCGGGGUGGCAGUCAGGAAAGAGGUUCUAACCCUGCAUCUCCCACUGAUGAGCUGGGUGACUUUGGCAGAGCUGUCAGGCUUUUCGGUGGUCCAGGU